AUGACAACAUUAGGUGACAGAGUGUUAGAUAUCUCGUUACCAAAAAUUGGUGAGAAAUCAUUAUUCACUAAAGACCUAGAAGAAGCAUUAAGGAACAACACUGUUGAUUUUGUUGUGCAUUCAUUAAAAGACUUGCCGACUACCUUGCCAGAUGGACUUGCUAUUGGCGCUGUGUUUGAAAGGGAAGAUCCCCGAGAUGCUCUUGUAUUAAGGGAAGAUAUCAAAGAAACAACACUCAGUACAUUGCCGGCUGGAUCUAUCAUAGGUACAUCAUCUUUACGUCGAACAGCACAACUAAGAGGCAGUUAUCCCGAACUAUCGGUACAAGAUGUAAGGGGCAACCUUAAUACAAGAUUGAAGAAAUUAGAUAGUGGAGCAUAUUCAGCGUUACUGCUAGCAACUGCCGGCUUAGAAAGAAUGGGAUGGGAAAAACGAAUUACUAAGAUUCUUCCAUGUUCCGAGAUGAUGUAUGCUGUCGGUCAAGGAGCCCUUGCAGUGGAAUGUCGAUCUGAUAAUACUGAAAUUUUAACAUUAUUAUCCCCGUUCAAUCAUGUAGAGACAUAUUGUAGGGUAUUGGCGGAGAGGAGCUUCUUGAAAACAUUGGGUGGCGGUUGCAGCGCCCCAGUUGGUGUAUCAACAAAGUUAAAAGCUUUUGAUUCAAGUUGGAAAUUAAGUAUCACAGGCGGAGUAUGGAGUUUGGAUGGAAAAACAAAAGUUACAGACACAUUGGAAAAUACAUUUACACAAAUAAAAAAGUCACAAAAACACAAACUCAGUCCCACAGAAGAUAAUGUGAACAAAAAAAUUAAAAUCGACGAUAAUAAUGAUAAUAUAAUACAUCCAUUGGCUGAAUUAGACAAAAUAAUAGAAAAAAAUAAUGGAAAUUCCAAUUGUGAGGAAUCAUCGAAGGACAUAACAUGCAGGUUAUUCUGUGGUCUGAUUGAGAAUAAUAAUAUACCAUUGGACGUGAUUGUGAAAUGUGAAGAUCUCGGCAAAGAUUUAGCUAAUAAUUUAAUAUCAAACGGUGCUUUAGAUGUUAUGAAAGUAACACAGGAUCUAAUAAGGAAUUCUAUUAAGAAUUCAUGA